CGGGUACCCGACCCAUAAAUCCCAAAACACAUACCCGAAGUAGUCGCAAACAGUGUUUUGCUCAAAAAUCUAAAACCCUACAACCACUGAACCCUCAUUACACCUAACACCAAUCUCCACCACCACUCUCCGCAAGAUGAAUUUCAACAACGUGAAGAUCCCGAAGGUUCCUGGUAGUGGAAUCGCUGCUUUGCUUAAAGUUAGCAUUAUCGGUGGACUUGCUGUGUAUGGAGCUACAAACACCUUGUAUAAUGUUGAGGGUGGUCAUCGAGCUAUUGUCUUUAACCGUCUUGUUGGUGUCAAAGAUAAGGUUUAUCCUGAAGGAACACAUAUUAUGAUCCCGUGGUUUGAGAGGCCUGUGAUCUAUGAUGUUCGUGCACGACCUCAUUUAGUUGAGAGCACUUCAGGAAGUCGGGAUCUCCAAAUGGUGAAAAUUGGACUUAGAGUUCUUACUCGUCCUGUGCCAGACCAAUUACCUACAGUUUAUCGAACUCUGGGCGAGAAUUAUAAUGAAAGGGUCCUUCCUUCUAUUAUACACGAAACCCUCAAAUCUGUGGUUGCCCAGUACAAUGCCAGUCAGCUCAUUACUCAGAGAGAGGCUGUUAGUCGUGAAAUAAGGAAGAUAUUGACUGAAAGGGCAUCACAAUUUAACAUUGCGUUGGAUGAUGUGUCAAUCACAAGUUUGACAUUCGGGAGAGAAUUCACAGCCGCAAUUGAAGCCAAGCAGGUUGCUGCUCAAGAAGCCGAGAGAGCUAAGUUUGUUGUCGAAAAAGCUGAACAAGACAAAAGAAGUGCUGUUAUUAGAGCACAGGGAGAAGCCAAGAGUGCUCAGUUGAUUGGUCAAGCUAUUUCCAACAACCCUGCAUUUAUAACCUUAAGGAAAAUUGAAGCUGCUAGGGAAAUUGCACAAACAAUUUCAAAUUCUGCCAACAAGGUUUUCUUGAAUUCAGACGAUCUCUUGCUGAACCUCCAGGAUUUAAAUUUGGAGCCCAGUGGGAAGAAAUAGCUAUGUUGCCGAGUUCACUUAAAUCAAUAACUUUUUUCUUGUAUUAUGAUUCAUUUUCAACUGUAUUCUAUUAACUCAUCACAUGAGAUUCAGCUUUGCAAACUGGAUUAUGGACAAACUGAUUGUCAUUAUCUUUUCAACGGAACAUUUGAGAGAUAAGGGAAGUUCAAAUCUCUAUCUUUGUCA